ACUAUGAUCCUAACGCGCUCAUUCUGCUCCCCUGCCCCCCGUCGCGUUACAUUCAGCGGGGCUGCCCGCCAUACAACUAUUGAUUUCCUCUCUCUCCCUCCCUCCUUCUAUCUCUCUCUCUCCAUCACUUCUUAUCUUUUCUUCAAGUGCUGCAGAGAGCGCGGCCGCUGCUGCAUUGUGAGGAGAGAAAGAAUAACGCUAAAGGAAGAUCCGCGUUCACGCGCUCAGAUGGCCGCGCGCCCGUGAAAUCUGGACUCGCGCACAUUCGUUCCCUUCUGCAUUGAGUGAAUGAAGCUGUCCGUCAGAAGGAACCACAUACAUCACGCUCUUCUGUCUUUCUCCAGACCACUCGACUGACCCACAGUAACUCUGAUCUCGUUCCCCGAAACUCACGUUUGAUUCCUGACUGGUGGAAUCCACUUCUGCAGCCAAACAGCUGAACUCUGCCCAGAUGGAGGACCCAUACAGAGACAGGACGUCUCUGGUCAAAGGCGCUCGUGACAUCGCCAAGGAGGCGAAACGCCACGCCGCCAAGAAGGUCAGCAAAGUGGUGGACCGUGCUUCGAACGAAUACAGCAGCCGCAGCUACAACCGCUUUGAAAAUGACGAAAACGAGGGCGCUGAUGAAGACUAUUAUCAGGACGGCCAGGCUCAGCAAGAGGAUGACGAGGGAUCCAGCGAUGCCACAGAGGGCCACGACGACGAGGACGAAAUAUACGAGGGCGAGUACCAGGGCGUUCCUGCAGGGGGCGGGGCUACGGAUGGGCGUGGCCAGGUGACGAUUGGCCAGCUGUUGACGGAUGGAAUGAAGGACAAGCGUGAGCUGGAGAAAGAGAGAGAGGCGGAUGAAGAGGAGCUGGCGCAGCAGUACGAGCUCAUCAUCCAGGAGUGUGGACACGGACGCUUCCAGUGGCAGCUGUUCUUCGUGUUGGGCCUGGCUCUCAUGUCUGACGGGGUAGAGGUGUUCGUGGUGGGGUUUGUGCUGCCCAGUGCUGAGACGGACAUGUGUGUGCCCAACUCUGGAGCCGGAUGGCUGGGCAGUGUGGUGUAUCUGGGAAUGAUGGUGGGAGCGUUCUUCUGGGGCGGUCUGUCAGAUAAAGUGGGUCGACGUCAGUGUCUGCUGGUGUGUAUGUCAGUCAAUGGCUUCUUCGCCUUCCUGUCGUCCUUCGUUCAGGGCUACAGCACCUUCCUCUUCUGCAGGAUGCUCUCGGGGUUUGGGAUUGGCGGUGCGGUUCCCAUCGUGUUCUCAUAUUUCGCCGAGUUCCUGGCCCGUGAGAAGCGCGGGGAACACCUGAGCUGGCUCUGUAUGUUCUGGAUGGUGGGUGGGAUCUACGCCUCAGCCAUGGCCUGGGCCAUCAUUCCACACUAUGGCUGGAGCUUUAGCAUGGGUUCAGCGUAUCAAUUCCACAGCUGGCGUGUGUUUGUGGUCGUCUGUGCAUUGCCUUGUGUCUCUGCAGUCGUGGCACUCACAUUCAUGCCAGAGAGUCCUCGCUUCUACCUCGAGAUUGGAAAGCAUGACGAAGCGUGGAUGGUUCUCAAACAGAUUCAUGACACCAACAUGCGUGCACGCGGAGAGCCCGAGAAAGUGUUUACUGUGAACCGUAUAAAGAUCCCCAGGCAGCUGGAUGAGCUGGUGGAGAUGCAGUCCGAGUCAGCAAACCCUUUGGCCAAAGUCUUCUUCAGGAUCAAGAGAGAACUGCGCGGAAUCUGGCUCACGUUCAUGAAGUGCUGGGAUUACCCCGUCAAGGACAACACUGUGAAGCUGGCCGUGGUUUGGUUCUCGCUGUCCUUCGGGUACUACGGUCUGUCUGUCUGGUUUCCUGACGUCAUAAAGCACCUGCAGGCGGACGAGUACGCGUCCCGCGUCAAGAUCCACAACAACGAGAGAAUCGAAGAUUUCACCUUUAAUUUCACCCUGGAGAACCAGAUCCAUAAAAACGGAGUGUUUAUCAAUGACAGAUUCAUUGGCAUGAAGUUUAAGUCUGUGAGUUUCAUCGACUCCACCUUUCAGAGCUGUUACUUUGAAGACAUCAGCUCCAUCGGUUCCUUCUUCAAGAACUGCACCAUCAUAGAAGCCUUCUUCUAUAAUACAGAUAUCGCCGACUCGAAAUUCAUCGGCUCCUCUGUGAUCAACUCCACGUUUGCGCACAACAAGACCGGCUGUCAGAUGACGUUUGAUGACGACUACAGCGCGUACUGGGUGUAUUUCAUCAACUUCCUCGGCACGCUAGCCGUCUUGCCAGGGAACAUAGUCUCCGCCCUCCUCAUGGAUAAAGUGGGCCGUCUGAGCAUGUUAGGCGGCUCGAUGGUGUUGUCUGGCAUCAGUUGUUUCUUUCUGUGGUUCGGCACCAGUGAGUCCAUGAUGAUAGCGAUGCUCUGCCUUUAUAACGGACUCAGUAUAUCGGCCUGGAACUCACUGGAUGUGGUGACGGCCGAACUGUAUCCCACCAACAGGAGAGGAACUGGCUUUGGCUUUUGUAACUCCAUGUGUAAGCUGGCCGCAGUCUUGGGGAAUCUAAUAUUUGGGUCAUUGGUGGGAAUCACGAAAUCCAUCCCGAUCCUGUUGGCGUCGUCUGUGCUGGUCGCUGGAGGCCUGGUGGGUCUGCGGCUCCCCGACACACGCUCCAACGUCCUCAUGUGACCCCAGCACACCUGUGACCUCUGACCCUGAGUCAUCACAGAAACACAGGCAGGGUACAGGUGGAGGCGACUACGACGUGUUUGCUUUAUUUGUUCAUUUAAACUGUGUUAUUCAUUCCUUUAGAAAUGUACCCAGUUUAGAUCAAAACUAGAUUUCGAUUUUAGACGGUGAGUUUUUGACCUAAUCUGGGUGGGCAGUAUUAUUAUUUUUAAUUAUUUAUUUAAUACAAAAUAAUUUUUGUAUUAUUGUAUUAUUUUAUCUUUAUUAUUUUUAGCUGAACACACAAAAAAACAUUCAGGUGAUUUUAAUGUUUUUUAUUUAUUUUUUAUUAAAGUGUUAAUUUUUUGGUUUUAAAUUAUGCUUUUAAACCCAAACGAGAGUAAAAAAGGCCAUUUAGAGAUGUAGAGAUUAGCGAUAACAGCUUUUUUUGUUAGCAUUGGUCUGAUUCUCCAGUGGCUUCCACUGGAAUAUUUCUUAAACAAGACGAUAACGAUUUUCCAGUAUACAUUUUCUGCUUUUUAUAAAGAUUUAGUUAGUAGAAGAACACCGACACGCUUUAACUUCAUUCUUGCCUUGGUGAACUUGUCAUCGAUGUAGCCCAAACGGACUUCAUUUGGUAUUUUUCUCUCUUGGUUUAAGGGUUAAAGACGUCUUGAUAACCCAGCUAUGCUUCCAUGUGUAAAUCUUCCUCGGAAAACUGAAUGGCCUUUGCUUUCUCUCCGUGCCUCCUUCCUGUAAAACGCUCCCAUCAGUUUCUCGUAGGUUGUAGCGAUCCAUCGUGUGUCCGAUUUAUUUUGGGAUGCUCUACUGCUCCAAUAGCUGGAAAUAUUGUGUUUCAUCACAUUCCACUGGAAGUUCGUACAUGCAGUUGUGCAAUAAGACAGGACG